UGCUUCGUCUCUCAUCACUCGAGAUCUGGAAGCCCAAACAUUUAAAUUUUAAAAACGGCUCUUGUUUACUUCCUUCCGUGUUGAGGGCAACUUACGUUUCAAAUGAGUGAAAUUAGUGAACCUAUCGAAAUGUCUCAAAGAAGCGUAGAAGAAACUCGUCCAAUUCAUCGACUUUCAGGUAGGCUGUUAUGUCUGUCAAAACGUAGACGUAGUUUGUUUCAUGGCGAGCAAGAUAACUGAAGCAGAUGGUGCGCGCUCACCUUAGUUCUGCUUUCAAAAUUCACAACAUAACAAGCUAGCUUUUUUAGGAUUUAUCUGUAAACCGCUUGCAGUACUUUAUAUUUAAGCUUUGUGGUGUUAAAUCUUAUCGAAUAGACGUUUUUAUACAUAUUGAUUCAAAUUACUCGUAUUUGCUGAUAUAUAUCAUUCGCUACUAUUGUCCAAGUCGUAUUAUGCUUAUUAUUGCUUGACACAUUCGUACGAAUUCAUAUUGUGUAAAGGCUCUUUUAAACAAAAGCUUACUUCUCUGAGACGUUUUGUAUGAAUAAUAAGACGUUUUAUAUAUCAUAAUUAACAUAGUUUUAUAGCCAACGCAACUAACAGCAUUUGGCAACGAACAUAUUGUCAUUGAUCUUAAAGUUCUUUGCAGUGAGCAAACGCCACACGCUAACAGGUACAAAGCCGUCAGUAGAUCAACCAAAGAUGGGUUUUAAAGCAAUGAACAAAUUUUUCGAGUAUGCAGAGUUUUAAGUCUGUAGAUAUGAAAUCCAGUGACGUCCUUAUAACUAAAUAACACUGACAGAUUUUGCUUAAUAAAUUUCGUGUCAUCUAGGGCUGGGUUCUACCUCAGACAACGCUGAACUGAAUACUAAUAACUCAUUCUUUCCUUUAUCAGCUAAAUUCUAGUUUCAUUGUACUAAUUUCUAGUCUCAAAUGCCUUUUGCACUAAAUAGAAACGAAUGUGUAUAAAAUAACAGUUUUAUUGACACAAGGGUGUUGUCCCUGUUUCGUUAAUAAUAAUAGCGAUGUUUUUGUAUCGAGCGACGUCAUAUUGGUAGAACUCAUUUUGCUCGCCGGCAUUUUGUAUCAAAGCUCUCGUAUAAGAACGCAAAGAAGUUUAAUUAAAAAUCUUCUGUGUUGUCAUAUCGAUCUGUUGAAGAUUACCACAAACUGAUACAAACACAGUUAUUAAACCAGUCCCCCCUCUCCGUGUUGACAAAAAUGUCGCCUGCAUAAGCGACCUGACCCAUAGGUAUCUAUCUAUGACCUGACCACUGAUAUGAUGCGCACACCAAAACAGACAAAAGUGGCAACUUGCAACGAUUCCGCAGAAAUGACUUCCUCUGGGUUGCGAAGAUUAUGCUCAACUAAUUUCAUAGAUCAGUAAAUGCUUGGAUUUGCAGCGCAGCGUGUCGCCCAGAUGUAGAAUGUUUAUUUGAUGAAGUUUAUGCAAAUUUGUAAAAUAUCGUAAAAUAAUAUUGAAUUUGAAUACCUUCCAGUUCCGUGUACGUUCGAGUGUUUUUCCAUAAUAACUGAAGGCAGUUUACUCCAAUUUGAGGCAGGAUAAUUGAAUUAUUUCUCAUGCAAUGAGAGUCACUCCAUUGUUCUCUGACUUCUCUUUUUACAUUUCAACAUUUUACCUGCUUCUGAUGAGGUCUCAUAGUUUUCCCUGCAUUUUACAAAAUAGCUGACAAACGAAACUCGGUUGCCGAAACGGUCGACUUAUGACCUGAAUCAGGUUACCUUGCUACUAACACUUUCCUGUAUUUUUUCACCAACAAAAUAUACAAACUUUGGCUGGAUCACUACGUACACCUCAAUUUCAUAUAAUUUGAAAGGCCUAGCGUCCCCGUUCAAGGUUUGCCCUACAAAAAACCAAUGUCUCUUCGCCAGAUGCCACAACAUUUAAACUGAUGGGCAGAGGAAUAAAUGUAUCAAAACUGGUCUAAUGACUAAUAUAUCUGAAUGCAUGCACCGUAAACUGACAGGAUUGUCCCAAUUCCCAAAUGUAUGUUGUCAAAGAUUAUCAAAACAUGACACUGCAAUUUGGACUGGGUGUCUGACAUUACAAAAUAUCUUACAAACAGCGGACAAAUGAGUUGAACUUUAGCUAGUUUACAAUUGACAUCAAAACAUCUUCAUUCCAAGACUCGCUAUAUUUAUCUACGCUAGAGCUUUUCAAAUAACAGAAAAUAUUCAUUUCAAAACUAUUAUCCAUGACUCAUCUCUUAUUAAAUGCCUUUUACCGAAGUGAUAGCCAUCUGGCGUUUGUUAGAGUCAAGUGAAUGGCAAAUAAACAGAAUUGUGCCCCCAGACUUCACUCUAAAUUUUAUCGGAGCAUUUAAAAGAUUCAACAACGGAUGGGUUUUUCAACUCGAAAAUGUAAGAAAAUUAGUAUAGCAUCGUUUGCUCGCUCUCAUAACUGUCAAAACAAAUUAGCAUCAAAUGCUUUUGACAAGCAUGAACGUUUCACGUGAGAAUAGACAAUCUGGUUCUGUUCACAAGUAGGUGCAAACAACGGUAAUGGCCGGAAGUUUGUCCAGUUUUAAUUUAAUAAGAUCAGCUGCAUUAAAAUCUGCAGCAUAAUUUAAGUGCGUUUCUAAUGGCGAGCCGUCCAUGCCACAAGUCUGUUUAUCCCGAAGGUAAGAGCCAUUUAUUGCUUUUUGAAUACCUAAAUUCUCUAUAUUUUCGAUAAUUUUAAACAAGCUACAUUUGCUUAACUCUUGUAGUUUGUCUCCGGUGUUUUUCUUGCUGUUUUUUUUUGCGUAUUAUAUGCGAUGAAUAUUUAAUGAUUUCGUUGUCAAGGGUCAAAAGGUGUAUUUUUGCAAGUAUUGCUGCCUGUUUUGCACAGAUUUUGUUUGGAAACCGUAUUUCCUGCGAACCUGUCCUAUUUAGAGGCUUAUGUAAUGUUUUUUAUUUCGUCAAUUGGCAAUAUUUGGUGAUAUUUUAAACGAAAUUUGAACCGUUUGAAGAUUGACAUUUUGACACUUUGUAAAUUAAUAUUAAUUAUAAAUGUAGAUUUUUGUAGUAGAAACGUUCAUAAAGAUAUAUUGGUCCAAACUAUUCUUGCAGAUAUAAUGUAUCGGAGUCAUAUUUUUGUGUAUGAACUUACCUGAAAAAGAUAUCUCAAAUGUGGUGGUCCAGUGUAGGUAGUAUUCUACAAUAAACUGCUGUGGUUUGUGUCUGAACUACCUGAAAAAGAUAUCUCAAACGUGGUGGUCCAGUGUAGGUAGUAUUCUACAAUAAGCUGCCGUGGUUUGUGUCUGAACUACCUGGAAAAGAUAUCUAAAACGUGGUGGUCCAGUGUAGGUAGUAUUCUACAAUAAACUACCGUGGUUUGUGUCUGAACUACCUGGAAAAGAUAUCUAAAACGUGGUGGUCCAGUGUAGGUCGUAUUCUACAGUAAGCUGUCGUGGUUUGUGUCUGAACUACCUGAAAAAGAUAUCUCAAACGUGGAGGUCCAGUGUAGGUAGUAUUCUACAAUAAGCUGCCGUGGUUUGUGUGUGAACUACCUGAAAAAUAUAUCUCAAACGUGGUGGUCCAGUGUAGGUAGUAUUCUACAAUAAGCUGUCGUGGUUUGUGUGUGAACUAUGUGAAAAGGAUAUCUCAAAUGUGGAGGUUCAGUGUAGGCAGUAUUCUACAAUAAAGACAAUAAACUGUCGUGGUUUGUGUCUGAACUACCUGAAAAAGAUAUCUCAAAUAUGGAUCCAGUACAGGUUUCAUGUUGCUUUUCCAGAGCAACACAGUUCAAAUUUAGCAGCUGGUACAUUGUAUAAAUAUUUAAUAUAAUUUACAGUAAUAUAUUGCCAUAAUUACAAUCAGAGAUGCAAUUAUAAGGUGUGUCCAAUAUUAAAAUGUUGUUUGAAAAGAGCAUGUUCUAAUCUGUGACACAUUUAAUGUCUGACCUUGUGUUUGGUUUGCAAGAAGAAUGCUUCACUCCUCAGAGAACAGCAUAUUUUUCUCAUUUUUUUACUUUUUCUUGAAAAACAAACAACUCUCUUGGUCAGAGGCAUAGGGACCAAUUUUGUAAUUCUUUCAAAACUGAGAAACUGGGUUGGGGGGGGGGUGUGACCUCUUAUGACAUAAUCUAUGACAUAAAAUAUACCAAAUCUGUCCCAUUUCGCCGGCACUAAAAAUAUAAAACAAUUUCCCUGAAUGGCUGGACAAUUAAACCCCCCCCCCCCCUUACACUCGUUUAUGGCUGGCUAUGCCCCAUUGCCCCUGCUCCUGGUAAUACCAGUAGUUGAUGCGCUAUUUUCCCUCCAACAGAGGCAGAGACGCCACCUGAAGGACCAAGUCUUUGUGGCACCAUUCUCACAGGACUAUCCUAUCUCCUCGUCAUUUGUACCUUCCCUUUUUCAUUGUUCUUCUGUAUCCGGGUAAGUCUUGCAUUUUUAAAGCUCUAUUGGACCGUCUCAUUUUUCCAGUAAGACCCCCGUCUCUUCUCACAUCAUCCCAGUUCUACCCCAGAGUACUUCCCCACCAUUGCACACCAGAAUUUACUUCUUCAUCUCAAUAUACUGUACCUCUCACCCAUUCCUACACUUCCACCUACUGUCACUAUAACCCAGUGGCAUAGCCAGCCUGACAAUUGGGUCAUGCUAUGCAAAUAUUUCUGUGUUCAUAAACUGUGAAAACAAUCAAUUUCUAAAGAAAUGAAAAAUGAUUUGAAAUUUGCAUAGCAUGACCAAAUUGUCGGGCUGGCUACGCCACUGCUAUAACCCCACCCAUCCUAACUCUACCCCACUAUACCCUCGCUCCACCCCACUAUACCUCCACUCACCCUUGCUCCACUCCAUCCUCCAUACACUCUGCCCUCACACCCUCAGUCACCCUACCCUCACUACAUUCCCACCCCACCUGACUGCCAAGUUAUAUAUUUCUGUAUACCCCCACCCCACAAGCCUCACUGCUAUGAUUACCAUAUCAUGCCACAAGAACAAGACAUCUCUCACCACAACCUCUUAUUUUUCCCAUCCCGUUCCUCGGCUAUGACAUCCUUCUCUUGCCCCCUCCCCCCAUCUUAUACCCCACUGUACUAUAUCUAAAGGACAGGGAACAGUUGUACGAAGGCCGGUGCUUAGGCCUAAAAAAGAAAUACCUGUGGUUCCGGUCUCAUAUCGCAAAAAAUUAGGGUUGGUAGGUUGGAAAUAAAUUUUUUAAAAAUAUUUUUUCAUGUUUUUUUCAAUAAUUAGUGUGACAACAGACGCCAUUUUGGCACGCUGUAUGAGCAGCCCGCAACCACCUGGAGAAAAUAGGGUCGCACAGUCAAUCGCAUUGAAAGAAUAAUAGGGUCAGCAGAAAAAAAUAGGGUCGGUCGGGAACCGGAACCACAGGUAUUUUUUUUAGGCCUUAAGAAUGUAAUUUAUUGUUAAUUAUAAUGAUCUUACGCUAUGUAGAUUGUUCAAGAGUACGAAAGAGCAGUCAUAUUUCGUCUUGGUCGACUUCUGCCUGGGGGAGCCAAGGGGCCUGGUACGGAAUCUACAUUAAUUCUUGAACUACAGUAUGUACAUUCCCUCCCCAAAAUAUCCUAAUUACGUUUUUUAACAUCAUCUAGGAUUAUUCUUUAUCUUACCAUGUAUGGAUUCUUAUCAAAACGUCGAUCUCCGAGUUGUGUCAUUUGACGUGCCACCACAAGAAGUAAGAAAUUAUAGAAUAUAUUCAGUACUUAACACAACAGAAUAUAAACUGUUGAGAUGGUUAUCGUGCAGCAGUUGGUGGUCAACCUGCAGUUAUCAGAGUUAGGAAAUAAAGUUAAUAGACAAUUCCCAUUACAGACUAAUUUUAAAGCUAGGCAAGGAGAUGCAAAUAAAUCACCACAGCUAGAAAGAGCACACUAAAAUUAGUAAAAUUGCACAGUUUGGUUGCGAAAUGUUGUAAAAUGCGGAAAAUAUAGCCUUGCAAAGUUUGCAAAUUUUCGUCCCAAAUGUGGUAGGAAUUUCCGCACGCAAUACAAAAGUAUACAAAAUUUGCGAACUUUGCAAGGCUAUAUUUUCCUCAUUUUACAACAUUUCGCAACCAAAGUUUGCAAUUUUACUCAUUUUAGUAUGCUCUUUCGAGCUGUGGUGAUUUAUUUGCAUCUCCUUGCCUAGUUUUAAAAUUAGUCUGUAAUGGGAAUUGUCUAUUCUUGAGUAGUCUCGUUUUGGUGGCAAAUAAGUAGAAUAGAUGUGGUCUAGAAUAGAUAACUCUUGCUCCUAUAAGUCUGAUGUUGACCACUAGCUGCCCUGAAACACAACUACAUAUAUAUUAUAAACAUUUAUCUUGCUGCCAUGCCUAGCUCUAAACCUAGUGCUCAAUAUUUGCUGUGUUUGAUCAGCGUCUUCUAUGCAGCUAAAAGUCUUGUGUAACUACCGUUAUGUGCAUGACAGAAUUUUAAAUUUGUUUUUCUCAAUCAGAUUCUCUCAAAAGACAGUGUGACAGUCGCAGUGGAUGCUGUGGUAUACUACAAGAUCUACAAUGCCACCAUGGCAAUCAUCAAUGUUCAAAAUGCAAGUCGUUCCACUCGGCUGUUGGCACAAACCACAUUGCGUAAUGUUCUUGGUACACGUAGCUUGAGCGAGAUUUUGUCCGAACGAGAAACUAUCAGCCACAGUAUUCAGGUCAGGAAUGACUCUUGUUGAACUUUAGGGAGAACAGUUUAGUACUGAUAGAGCUAUCCAGUAUAAAUAAAGUUAGUUUAGUUUAGGUUUCCUCCUGUAGUAACACUGGAUCAAUAAGAGAUGAUCCUUACUGGACCUCUAUGAAGAGCAGUUUAGAACUGAUAGAGCUAUCCAGUAUAAAUAAAAUUAGUUUAGUUUAGGUUUCCUCCUGUAGUAACACUGGAUCAAUAAGAGAUGAUCCUUACUGGACCUCUAGGGAGAACAGUUUAGAACUGAUAGAGCUAUCCAGUAUAAAUAAAAUUAGUUUAGUUUAGUUUAUGUUUCCUCCUGUAGUAACACUGGAUCAAUAAGAGAUGAUCCUUACUGGAUCUUUAGGGAGAACAGUUUAGAACUGAUAGAGCUAUGCAGUAUAAAUAAAGUUAGUUUAUUUUAGGUUUCCUCCUGUAGUAACACUGGAUCAAUAAUAGAUGAUCCUUACUGAACCUCUAGGAAGAACAGUAUAGAACUGAUAGAGCUAUCCAGUAUAAAUGAAGUUAGUUUAGUUUAGGUUUCCUUCUGUAGUAACACUGGAUCAAUAAGAGAUGAUCCUUACUGGACCUCUAUGAAGAACAGUUUAGAACUGAUAGAGCUAUCCAGUAUAAAUAAAAUUAGUUUAGUUUAGGUUUCCUCCUGUAGUAACACUGGAUCAAUAAGAGAUGAUCCUUACUGGACCUCUAGGGAGAACAGUUUAGAACUGAUAGAGCUAUCCAGUUUAAAUAAAAUUAGUUUAGUUUAGUUUAUGUUUCCUCCUGUAGUAACACUGGAUCAAUAAGAGAUGAUCCUUACUGGACCUCUAGGAAGAACAGUUUAGAACUGAUAGAGCUAUCCAGUAUAAAUAAAGUUAGUUUAGUUUAGGUUUCCUCCUGUAGUAACACUGGAUCAAUACGAGAUGAUCCUUACUGAACCUCUAGGAAGAACAGUGUAGAACUGAUAGAGCUAUCAAGUAUAAAUAAAGUUAGUUUAGUUUAGGUUUCCUCCUGUAGUAACACUGGAUCAAUAAGAGAUGACCUUUACUAGACCUCUAGGAAGAACAGUUUAGAACUGAUAGAGCUAUCCAGUAUAAAUAAAGUUAGUUUAGUUUAGGUUUCCUCCUGUAGUAACACUGGAUCAAUAAGAGAUGAUCCUUACUGGACCUCUAGGAAGAACAGUUUAGAACUGAUAGAACUAUCCAGUAUAAAUAAAGUUAAUUUAGUUUAGGUUUCCUCCUGUAGUAACACUGGAUCAAUAAGAGAUGAUCCUUACUGAACCUCUAGGAAGAACAGUUUAGAACUGAUAGAGCUAUCCAGUAUAAAUAAAGUUAGUUUAGUUUAGGUUUCCUCCUGUAGUAACACUGGAUCAAUAAGAGAUGACCUCUAGGAAGAGAUUGCAGUAGUUAAGGUUUCCUCCUGGUUUUUCAAAUGCUAAUCGUGUAUUAUAAAUUUUAGUCAACACUUGAUGUGGCAACUGACCCCUGGGGUGUCAAAGUGGAACGUGUUGAAGUGUAAGUUACGGUGUUUUUGCAAGGGAGGGUGUUUCCUGUGGGGCUAAAGAGAGAACAUAGUGAUUAUUAGAUUGUUAUUAAAAUUCUUGAAUGUCAAUUUUACAAAUUAAAAUUGAAAAACUCAAGAUACAACAAUUUCUAAAAAAGUUUCAAUAAGAGUUCCAAUAAAAUACAGCUAAAAAUGUAAAACAUGAGUAAAAUUUAACUACUCUAUGGCGUCCCAUUUCUUCACACAGUACGGCAGGAAGCUAUCACUAAAACGUUGGGUACGGGAUUUAAACAGUGGAAUUUUGCGUGCGUUUCUAAAAUUGUAUUGGUGGUGCACUGGCUUCGGUAAAAGGUCAAAUAGUUUACUUGUAGUGUUUAAAUUAAGUGAUGAACUCUCUCUGAUAAUACUAGUGUGUUCAAAUUUGUAAAAUCUAACGUACUGCGCUUCUUUCUUGCAGUAAAGAUGUACGACUUCCACAGCAACUGCAGAGGGCAAUGGCGGCCGAAGCUGAAGCUGCGAGGGAGGCGAGGGCGAAGGUAGGAUGUCGAAACUUAGUGAAUCACAACUAUUUUUAUGUACCAGCUGUCGGCUAUCAGACCUAUAGUCUUCAAACAAGAAUAGCGUAGGCAUAGAAUAGGAAUGUAAUACAGAAAAACAUGUACGAUAAUGACCAUACAGAGGGCGUUAGUUAGAAUGCUUUUUUUGUAUCCGGAACUUUGGGAAUACUUCCGCAAGUGCGACUAGAGACGAUAUGUGUUUAUGUUUCGAAUAAAGUUACAGCAAUGUUUUUUUUGUGCUGUUGUCGAAACCGCGGGAGUUAUCCAGACCAUGUAGCGAAAAGUACAGUAUAUGAUCUGGUGUGAUGAGUUUUUUACAUUUUUGAAGAGCAGAGGCAGUUUAGAGAUUCUGUAGAUGUAGAAUUUCUCCAGUCAGAGGUAAGCUCCGAAAUAUAUAAAUGUUUGCCGCGUUGAGUGAAUUCUAUAGCGUAAAAAUCGUUGAGUCAAUUUUAUAAUGUAAAUCUAGAGUAGAAAUCGUUGAGUCAAUUUCAUAAUGUAAAUCUAGAGUAGAAAUCGUUGAGUCAAUUUCAUAAUGUAAAUCUAGAGUAGAAAUCGUUGAGUCAAUUUCAUAAUGUAAAUCUAGAGUAAAAAUCGUUGAAUCAAUUUCAUAAUGUAAAUUUACAGUAUCUAGAGUAUAAAUCGUUGAAUCAAUUUCAUAAUGUAAAUUUAUCUAGAGUAGAAAUCGUUGAGUCAAUUUCAUAAUGUAAAUCUAGAGUAGAACGCGUUGAGUCAAUUUCAUAAUGUAAAUUGAUCUAGAGACUAGAGUAGAAAUCGUUGAGUCAAUUUCAUAAUGUAAAUCUAGAGUAAAAAUCGUUGAGUCAAUUUCAUAAUGUACAUGUACUGACUAUUGUACUAUCUAAUAUUUUCUGAAACCCACCAAUUGACAGAUGUACGUAUGGAACUUUAUAAUCCAGUAUCUUUUUCCGUAUAGGUUAUUGCCGCUGAAGGUGAAAUGAAUGCAUCGCGGGCUCUCAAAGAAGCCGCUGAAGUGAUUGCUGAGUCACCACAGGCCCUACAGCUGCGAUAUUUGCAAACACUGAGCGCAAUUUCUGCCGAGAAGAAUUCCACUAUUAUUUUCCCGCUUCCGAUUGAGCUGCUAAACAGCCUGGCAAGAAAAGGAGAGUCCUGAGCGAACUACAAACUAGCAAACGUUGUUGAGGAAACAUUUGAAAUUCAUUAUCCUUGAAUAUUGCUCCAGUUGAAUCAAAAUUUGCCUCCCAGGAACAAAAAUGUUUUAAAGUAUUUUCUAAUGGAUCCACUACCUUCGAAAAUUAUAGAUUUCCACAACAUCGUUUUCUGGGCUGGAACACAGAAUAGAGACCAUACAGAAGCCAGACUUCUUGGUUUUUCUUAUGAUUUUGGCGUAAUUCGUCAUCAAAAUGCUGACGCAAUGGUCCUAGUCAGUGCGUUUAUGAGAGGCAUUCACCCAAACUGAUAAUAUUCAGAAUGGCGGAGGUCCAUGGCGUCAGCAUUUUGAUGACAAAUUAUGGCGUGAGUGGAUCUUCUGUGUGUCUUUCUUCUGUGCCCAGGGCUUGCGUAUGCAGGCUUUGAUUAUGUAAACUAUACAAGUUUAUUGUAAAUUUUGUUUAAAUUAAGCAAGUAUAAAACAUAUUGGCCAUAUUAUAGCGGAGUUUCAGUUCGGUGUGUUAUAAUACAUGCUGCUCAACUUCUAAUAUUUUCACACUUAGGGGCCGACCAUUAGAAAAGUGAUUGGGGGGGGGAGGCUUUGGAAUCCGCUUAUGAGAGGCAUUCACCCCCCUGGGUGUUCGGCAUUUUAAAUAUUUUCAGAGUGGGUUACUGGGUGAAUACCUCAUAAGCGUACUGGCUAGAAGCAGGACGUUGAUUUUAACGUUGAUUUUUGGACGUUGAUUUUGAAAUCAUAGGCAAAACCAAGAAAACGACCUUCUGUGCGUCUAUUCUGUGACCGUAUGCUGCAUUGUCACACUUAUUGAAACCCAACUAUAAGCCUUUAUAGAGCGAAAAGGGCAUGUGAUUAUCUAUAGUAUUAGCCCUAUUCACAUUAGAGACGGACAAGUCGUCUAGACGAACAAAUCGUCUCUCAAAAAUCGUCUUCACAGACGGACAAGCAGUCGAACAAAUUCAGACGACUUGUUCGUCUAACAUUUUGUCCGACACGUUUUCACAUCUGAUGAUUUGUCCGACUAAAAGACGAUUUUGAGACGAUUUGUUCGUCUAGACGACUUGUCCGUCUUCUAAUGUGAAAACGGCUAUUGAUUAUAGUAUACAAUGCGUCAAAUGUUAUAUGUCAGUAUAUGAAAUAUCCGAGAUGAAUUCGAAUACCUGAGUAUAUGAUAUAACUAUUCUUGAAUGAACCAGAACGACAUUGAUUUAAUAGGUUUGUUUUGCUCAGGAAUAUAGUAAACGAGUUUGAAUUUCAGAAGCGAACAAAAUUUCGAUAAAAGUGCGACUAACCACAAAUACAAUUUUUGGUAUGUGUAAUAUUUGGGUCAUUCUAAGAAGAAAUGUAAUGCGUCUUUAUAGUAAAA